GCUGCUGCUGGCAGAACCCUGGCUUCAUACCCACGGCGGCUCUCGAAGGUGUCGGUCUAGUUGGUUUUUCGGCUCCCCGACUAACUUCGGGAAACCCACCGCCCCCACGUGACCUACCUAAACUUUACCUACUUACGUACGUACGUACGGACUGGGCUGGCUGGCUCUCUGGAGGCACCAAUGACAAAGUGGAUUUUCAUGAAUCAGCGACGACAUCUUUCGUAGGUAUUACUAUUAACGUGGCGGAAGUAGAAGAACUGUCCGGCGGUUGUUGCCGACCGCAGCAACAGCAGCAGCAGCUAUGGCUUUGCUGACGGCAGUGGCGGCGAAGACGAUGAGACUCGGGGUGUUGUAUUUUGGGCUCUUUGUAACGACAGUGUGUCUGGCUGGACCUGAUGGGUUCUCCGGCUACGAGCUGAAUCGGAUCACGCCUCCCGGAGGGCCCAAUGUAUGUGGUUCCCGCCAUCGAAGUUUUUGCUGUCCAGGAUGGAAACAAAAGAAGGGGAACAACCUUUGCAUCAUACCUGUGUGUGUCCGUGACUGCGGCCGAGGGGGAAGAUGCAUCCGUCCAAACCUGUGCAUGUGUGUGGGAGGCUUCAUCUCCCACAUUUGUGGAGGGAGGAAUGGCUUUGGCAGAGGGGAUGGAGAUGGUGACAUAAAUGGUGGUGGCAUUGGUGGGGGAGGCAUUGGUGGUGGAGGAGGCAUUGGCGGCGGUGGAGGCAUUGGGGGUGGAGGCAUUGGCGGUGGUGGAGGCAUUGGCGGCGGUGGAGGCAUUGGCGGUGGAGGCAGUAUAGGUGGAGGAGGUAUCAGUGGGGGAGGCAUUGGUGGUGGAGGAGGCAUUGGUGGAGGACCUGGUGGUGGUGGAGGUAUUGGGGGAGGAGGCAUCAAUGGUGGUGGAGGCAUUGGAGGAGGAGGUGGUAUUGGAGGAGGAGGGGGCAUUGGAGGCACUGGUGGUAUUGGAGGAGGUGGUGGCAUUGGUGGAGGUGGUGGUGGCAUUGGUGGGGGUGGCGGAGGCAUUGGUGGAGGAGGAGGAGGAAUAAAUGGAGGUGGCAUUGGUGGAGGAGGAGGAAUAAAUGGGGGUGGCAUUGGUGGAGGAGGAGGAAUAGGUGGUGGUGGUAUUGGUGGAGGAGGAGGAGGAAUAGGUGGUGGUGGUAUCGGCGGAGGAGGCAUUUCUGGAGGUGGAGGCAUCGGAGGAGGAGGAGGGGGUGGAUUUGGCUGCACCACAACAUGUGUCAAUGGUGGAACAUGCCAAGGAAAUCGAUGUAUAUGUCGCCCUGGAUUUACUGGAGAGCAUUGUGCAGAGCCCGUUUGCCAACAACCCUGCCUGAAUGGAGGGCGCUGUGUUGGACCUGACCGAUGUGCAUGUGUUUAUGGAUUCACUGGGAGGCGCUGCGAGGCUGAUUACCGAACAGGCCCGUGCUUCACAAAAGUCCAGCAUGACAUGUGCCAAGGACAGUUACCUGGAGUUGUAUGUACGAAGCAGUUGUGUUGUGCAACCAUCGGAAAGGCCUGGGGUCACCCAUGUGAACACUGUCCUACCAGACUUGACUGUGAUAAAGGGUAUCUUAAGAACAUCCACAGUGGGCAAUGUGUUGACAUUGACGAAUGUGAAGCCAUACCAGGACUUUGUGAAGGAGGUGUCUGUGUUAACAGCAUUGGCUCUUUCACUUGUGAAUGCCCUGAGGGACAGUCCAGGAAUCCUGAGACUAAUGCUUGUGAAGACCGAGACGAAUGUGCAGAAGAUAACGUUUGCCAGAAUGGGCGAUGUGUCAACACAGAUGGCAGUUACUAUUGCACCUGUGACUCAGGAUUUAUUCCUUCUCAGGAUCGGAAACUUUGCAUAGAUGCACGUCAGGGAUUUUGCUACACAGAAAUAGCAGCCAACGGACGCUGUCGUAAACCAUUGCAAAUAUCACUGACACGCCAUGCUUGUUGUUGUGGCAAGAACAUGGGCAAAGCUUGGGGUGAAGGAAGAAAUGACUGCGUCCCUUGUCCCAUGCCUGGAGAAGAGUUAUACGACCAAAUGUGUGAAAAGGUAGGAAAACUACACCCUCCCGUUGAUGAAUGCGUUUUCAAUCCUGGAGUCUGUGGUGAAGGAGGACGCUGUGUGGACACUAGUGAUGGUUAUGCCUGCCAGUGUUACGAAGGGUAUUCUAAUCUUCACCCAACGGAUAGAUGCAGAGAUGUGGAUGAAUGUCGGCAGGGAGCAUGUAGAGGUGGGCAGUGUUUCAACACUCAGGGAAGUUUUACUUGUCGCUGUCCUCCCGGAUUUGAUCUGUCAUCAGAUGGAAAGAAUUGCAUUGAUCAUGAUGAGUGCAGUGAAACAGGAAUGUGUGCCAAUGGAGUUUGCACCAACAUGGAUGGGUCUUUCAAAUGUGCUUGCAGCUCUGGCUUUGUCCUUUCUCCAUCUGGUUUUGCCUGCAUUGACAUUGACGAAUGCGCAGAAAACCCUAGGAUCUGUUUGUCUGGUCGAUGUGAAAAUUUGGAUGGUAGCUACCGAUGCGUUUGUGAUGAUGGUUACACCCAUGCUACUGAUGGCAGCUUCUGCACUGAUGUAGAUGAAUGCGCAGAAACUGGCAUGUGCGAUCAUGGUAAAUGUGUCAACAUGGAUGGCUCUUUCAAGUGCGUUUGCCAGCCUGGUUAUACACUCUCUCCAAGUGGUAAAACAUGUGUUGAUCUCAACGAAUGCCUUUCAAAUCCAUGUAAGAAUGGCCGUUGCAUCAACAGUGAUGGCAGUUUUCGAUGUGAAUGCCCACCAGGAUUUACUCUAGGUGCAAAUGGCCUUACCUGUCUUGAUACUAAACUGGACUUUUGUUAUGCUGUCUAUCGAGACGGGCAGUGCUCAAAUCCAUCUACAAUGCCCACAACAAAAUCUGCUUGCUGUUGCUGCACAGUUGUCUUGGGACAGCCCAUGGGUUGGGGAACACCUUGUCAAGCAUGUCCACAACCUGGGACACAGGAAUUCCUCUCCCUCUGUCCACACGGAUAUGGUAUCACUUAUGAAGGAGAUGAUAUAAACGAGUGUGCGAUGAAUCCAACCAUAUGUCGCAACGGAGCUUGUGAAAACCUUGAAGGUGGCUAUCGGUGCAUCUGCAACCCUGGCUAUAUGGUUGAUGACAGUGGUCGACAGUGUAAUGACAUUAACGAAUGUGCUAUUGAUAAUCUUUUGUGUGAUGGUGGACAAUGCCGCAAUACGCCAGGGAGCUAUCAGUGCAUAUGUCCUGCAGGCACACAGUUGAACACAAACACUCAUGUGUGUGAGGAUGUGGAUGAGUGUACAGAGCUGGGGGAGGAUGCAUGUGUUGGAGGCACAUGCAUCAAUGUCAUCGGCUCCUACAGGUGCGAGUGUGACGAAGGGACCAUCCUCGACUCAACCGGCAGGUACUGCAUUGACAAUCGCCGAGGAUCAUGCUGGACAAAAGUUAAGGAUGGCCGCUGCGAAAAUAACCUCCCGAAACUUACUCUGAAAUCCGAGUGCUGUUGCACCAUUGGAAAAGCUUGGGGUUCUCCAUGUGAAGUCUGUAAUCCUGCAGAUUGUGAUUGCCCCAUUGGGUUUGCUAAGGUUGAUGGAAAGAAAUGCUUAGAUAUUGAUGAAUGUCAGUUGAAUCCUACCAUAUGCCAAGGAGGAGGUGAAUGUGUCAAUACAGAGGGAUCCUUCACGUGUAAUUGUCCACCUGGCUUGACAUUAGAUGAAACAAAGACCAAGUGCUUGGACCUUCGAAAAGAAACUUGUUUCCUAGGCUACAGAAAUGGAAUUUGCACAAAGGAGCUUGAGGGCUUGUUUAGAAAGUCAACCUGCUGCUGCACUGUAGGAAAAGCUUGGGGAGAUGCCUGUGAACCAUGUCCACGACCUGGUACAGAGAUAUUUGAUGAGUUGUGCCCAAAGAGCUACGGCUAUGAUGGAAGAAAGGAUGUCAAUGAGUGCACCAUGUACCCUGACAUGUGUGACAAUGGUCGGUGUAGAAAUUCGAUCGGGUCAUUCUCUUGCCGUUGCAACCAGGGAUAUGCUCUAGAUGAAGAUGGGAUCAAGUGCACAGAUAUUGACGAGUGCAGCAUCAUGCGAGGAGUUUGUGGCAAUGGAACUUGUCAGAAUACAGCUGGAAAUUUCAUCUGCGACUGUGACGAGGGCUUUGAAUCUACCAUGAUGAUGCAAGUUUGCAUGGAUAUUAAUGAAUGUGAGAGAAUCCCUGGUUUGUGCCGAGGAGGACGCUGUAUCAAUACCCCUGGAAGUUUCAGAUGUGAGUGCCCACCUGGCCACGAGCUAGCACCUGAUCAGCGUUAUUGCAAAGACAUAGAUGAGUGCUCUAGAACUUCGGGGAUUUGUUCAAACGGCGUUUGCGAAAAUAUGAUGGGAACUUAUCAGUGCAUGUGUAAUGAUGGAUACCAACAGACAGGCCAGAAAUCCCAUUGUGAAGACAUAGACGAGUGCGGUGUGAACAACGGUGGCUGUGACGACAUUUGCAUCAACACUCCGGGAGCUUUCUCUUGCUCAUGCUCAACUGGAUACAUGCUCCUAUUGGAUGGACGCUCCUGCGCUGAUGUUGACGAAUGCAAAGAGAAGUCAGCAAUCUGCUCUGGAGGUGUUUGCAAUAAUGCACCUGGCACAUACAUGUGCGCCUGUGAUGGAGGACUUAUUCCCGAUACAGAAGGUCCAGGAUGUUUGGAUGUUGAUGAGUGUGAGAUGAAUCCAAACCUCUGCCAGAAUGGAAAGUGUGACAAUGUGGUAGGAUCCUUUGCCUGUAGGUGUGAAGAUGGCUAUAGUGUCAAAACACAACUCGGCCCAGGCUGCACCGAUGACGAUGAGUGCUCAAUGGGUACUUUUCAGUGCGAUCCUAAUGCCGAAUGCAUUAAUAUUGAUGGUACUUAUGACUGCCGUUGUAAGGAUGGUUUUACAGGCAAUGGGAAGACGUGCCGUGAUGUCAACGAAUGUCUCACAAAUAAUGGAGGCUGUGAUCGUGAUGCCCAGUGUAUUAAUACUGAUGGUUCUUUCAAGUGCAUGUGUGAUGCUGGUUUCCGAGGAGAUGGAUUUUUCUGUGAGGACAUUGAUGAGUGUACCCACGACCCAACACUGUGUGAAAAUGGCCAGUGUCUCAACUACCCUGGAUCCUUCCAGUGUGAUUGUGAAAUGGGUUUCAUGCAUCCUGAUCCUCACAAUGAACAGUCUUGUGUGGAUAUCGAUGAAUGUGACAUGUUCAGCAACUUGUGUGUCUUCGGCCAGUGUGAAAAUAUCUUCGGAAUGUUCCGAUGCAUCUGCGACGAAGGUUACCAUCUGGAUGAAACGGGAGGAAACUGCACUGAUAUUAAUGAGUGUGAGAACCCUGAUAUAUGUCAGUAUGGCACAUGUAUCAAUCAGCAAGGAACACAUGUAUGUGAAUGCCCACCUCAUUUUGAACUUAUCAGUACUGGUGAUGGCUGUGUAGACCGUAGAGAAGGAGAAUGCUACUUAGAUGUUGUUAAUGUAAGAGGUGGCCGUGGCCUUUGUCGAGAACCUUUAGGAGACCCAGUAACUAGGGCUACAUGCUGCUGUUCCGUUGGUAAAGCUUGGGGACCUCUUUGUGAAGUUUGCCCACGAGAAGAUACAGAGGAAUACAAGAAACUGUGCCCUAAUGGAAAAGGCUUCAGGCCAAAUAGUAUCACUGUUAUCUUGGAAGACAUUGAUGAGUGUGCAGAGAUGGAGAAUUUGUGUGGCAAUGGCCGGUGUUCCAACACUUUUGGCUCCUUCAUGUGUUCAUGUUACAGAGGGUACUCACUCAACAGUGAAGGUUCCCUGUGUGAAGAUAUUGAUGAGUGUGCUGACCAAACCAAAUGUAAGAAUGGCAGAUGUAUUAACACAAUCGGCGGAUUUGAAUGCCAGUGUCCAGAAGGAUACAUGCUGCUCCCCAACAGAGCGGAAUGCAUUGACAUGAGGCAAGAAACGUGCUACAUGGAAUACGAUGAUGGAAACUGCACAUUCCCCAUGAGGUCAGACAUUACUCGAAUGAAGUGUUGCUGCUCAAUGGGCAAAGCUUGGGGUUUCACUUGCGAGCCCUGCCCCACUAAGGGUUCAUAUGAAUAUAACUUGCUGUGUUACUCUGGCACCUCCACACGAUUUCCAGCUGGGCCUAUUGAUUCUGAUGUCAGAUAUCCCAUUGGUCCAGACGGCCGACCUAUUGGUCCAGAUGGGAGACCCCUUCCUAUCGGACCGGAUGGGAGACCCAUUGCUCCUGAUGGAAGACCCGUUGGACCUGAUGGGAGGCCAAUUGGCCCUCCAGACGGUGCCGGCGAAAGACCUUAUCCUAUAGGUCCAGAUGGAAGACCUAUUGGCCCUGAUGGAAAACCUUUGCCUAUUGGACCAGAUGGUAGACCAAUUGGACCUGAUGGCAGACCAAUUGGACCUGAUGGUAGACCACUUGGACCUGAUGGCAGACCAAUUGGGCCUGAUAGGUAUCCCAUCGGCCCAGAUGGAAGACCAAUUGGCCCUGACGGUAGACCUCUUCCUAUCGGACCUGAUGGAAGGCCCAUUGGACCUGAUGGAAGGCCAAUUGGACCUGAUGGAAGGCCUAUUGGACCACCUCUUGGGCCUGAUGGCAGACCUCUCCCUAUUGGGCCAGAUGGAAGACCAAUAGGACCAGAUGGAAGACCAAUAGGACCAGAUGGAAGACCAAUAGGGCCUGAUGGAUUGCCAAUUGGUCCAGGGCAACCAGUUGAUCCUGGUCAAGUCUACAAUCCUAUUACUGGCAGAGCAGAAGACUUUGAUGAAUGCGAGCUGAUGGGACACAUGAUGUGUAAGAAUGGACGCUGCAUUAACACACUAGGGUCUUUCCGUUGCGAAUGCAAUCUAGGUUUUCGGUAUGAUGACCCAAGCCAUAUGUGUGUAGAUAUUGACGAAUGUACUGAACAGGCUCCGUGUCAUGGACUGGCAAAGUGUGAGAAUACGGUUGGAAGUUAUCGAUGCUCCUGUCCCACAGGGUACAGGAUUAACAAACUUACAAAUGACUGUAUUGAUAUUAACGAGUGUGAACAGCAAGGCGUAUGUCAACAUGGUGUCUGCAACAAUUUCCAGGGAAGUUUCCAAUGUAUUUGCGACCCAGGUUAUGUACUAACAGCAGACCGUUCUUCCUGUAUUGACCUCGAUGAAUGUGUCCGCUCUCCAGACAUUUGUAAUAAUGGCACGUGCAUCAACUCAAUGGGAUCCUUCAGGUGCCAGUGUUUCAGGGGUUUCAAAAUCGGACCGAAUCGAGAUUGCAUCGACAUCAACGAAUGCCUGAUAACUGUUGGUCUCUGCCGCAAUGGAAGAUGCCGUAAUACUGAGGGUUCCUUCACCUGCGAGUGCGCAGAUGGUUAUACACUCACAGCAGAUGGCGAGCAGUGUCGAGACAUAAACGAAUGCUCAGAGCGGGAAGACAUUUGUCCAGCACCUGGACGUUGCCAGAAUUUGAUGGGUUCGUUCGUUUGCGACUGUCCCGAAGGUUUCACACUAUCCCCAGAUGGCAUGAGUUGCAUUGAUAUCAAUGAGUGUUACACCAUUGAAGACAUUUGUGAAAAUGGUGAAUGUAUCAACGGUAGAGGAACUUUCGAGUGUGUCUGCCCACCAGGUUUCGAACUUAGUCCAGAUGGAAAGAAAUGUGUAGAUCAGAGACGAGAUGAGUGCUAUGAAAAAUUCAGAAGAGGUAUUUGCUCAGACCCGCGGCCUGUUCGAAUACUGAAGAAGGAGUGCUGCUGCUCCUCGGGCGCUGCCUGGGGGAUUUCAUGCGAACGUUGCCCUCCCAGAAGUUCACCCGAGUUUGAGAAACUCUGUCCUUCUGGGCCAGGCCGCUCAGAGUCUGGUGCAGAUCUCAACGAGUGUGAAAUCAUGCCUGGAUCAUGUGAAGGAGGUGACUGCGUUAACACGGAUGGGUCCUUCCGUUGUGAGUGCCCCAUGGGAUAUGUUUUGGAUAGCACUGGUCGCCGCUGUAUUGAUGAUAACGAAUGUGCUGUUGCCAAUAUAUGUGGCAAUGGCACAUGCAGUAAUGUGGAGGGAGGGUUUGAAUGUUCCUGUCAAAAUGGAUUUGCUCCAGGCCCUAUGCAGACAUGCGAGGAUGUUGAUGAGUGUGAAGAACUUGGACAUCAGUGUGCGUUCCGGUGUCACAAUAUGGCCGGAGCAUUUAGGUGCAUUUGCCCCUAUGGUUACACACUAGCACCAGAUGGCCGUCAUUGCCAAGAUGUUGAUGAAUGCUCCACUCCAGCUAAUAACUGUAGAUUCUUAUGCAAAAAUCUCAUUGGAACAUUCAUGUGCAUAUGUCCUGAAGGGUAUCAGCAGGUUGGCAUGACUGAUGACUGCAAAGACGUCAAUGAGUGUGCCCUCAACCCAAAUAUUUGUGAGAGUGGACGCUGCAUCAAUACCAAGGGCUCAUAUAGAUGCGAAUGUUACGAAGGAUUUGAACCAAGCAGGGAUGGAAAGGAAUGUCUUGAUCGACGAGAGGGUUACUGUUUCAGACAGCUUGUUGGUGGUAUGUGCUCAACGACAAGCAAUGACCUAGCAGAGGUUACAAAAGCAGACUGUUGUUGUACAAUGGGUCUUGCUUGGGGCCCAAUGUGUGAACACUGUCCACGCCGAGGAUCUCCAGAGUACAGUGCCAUAUGUAUGGAAACUGGAUUCUCCAUUGAUGGCCUUGACAUUGAUGAAUGUCAAACAAUACCUAAUUUAUGCAGAAAUGGAAAGUGCAUCAAUACGAUGGGAUCUUAUCGCUGUAUCUGUGAUAAAGGCUAUAAACCUGAUCACUCAGGAACACGUUGCAUAGAUGUGAACGAAUGUGAGCGUACUCCACCUCCUUGCAAAUUCACUUGCCAAAACACAGAGGGAUCGUACCGAUGUUCGUGCCCACUUGGGUACACACUUAAUCCCGAUGGAAUCACUUGUCGAGACUUGGACGAGUGUGCCACUGGCCAACAUACUUGUCAGCAUGAGUGCGUUAAUACACAAGGGUCGUAUAAGUGCACAUGUGCUCAAGGGUAUAACGAAGUUGGAGAACAGUGCCUAGAUAUUAACGAAUGCCUGGAACAGACUGGUCUUUGUGGUCCUCUUGGUACUUGCAUCAACACUAUGGGAAGCUUCAAAUGCAUGUGUCCUAGAGGAUACAAAGUAGAUCCUUCAGGAACAAUGUGCAUUGACUCUGAUGAAUGUACUGUCGAUGGUUCCUGUGAAACUGGCUGUGAGAAUGUGCAAGGAGGAUUCUUGUGUGGCUGUCCAGAUGGGUAUCGCCAGCACUUCUACUACAAUCAGUGCGUGGAUGAUGACGAGUGCUCACAGGGAACCAUAUGCGGGACAGCUGAUUGUCAAAAUACUCUUGGGUCAUAUAAAUGCCUGUGCCCAAGUGGAUAUUCAUUCAACUUUGCCCUGUUCCUCUGUAUACAAGUGGACGAUAGCUGUAUAGACAGUCCCUGUGCUUAUGGUUGCAAUGCCCUGGGAGAUGAUGCUGUUGCAUGUGGGUGUCCAUCAGGAUUCUCAAGGAUAGGAUCAGGCCAUUGUAUGUCUACUCUAAAUCCUCCUGUUGGUAGUGGUGGGUUUGGUGCUGGAGGCGGAUUUGCUGGUAGUGGUGGGGGAUUUGCUCCAGGUGCUGGUGGUGGUGGUCCUGGAUUUGGGAGAGGUGGUACUGGUUUUGGUGACGGUUCAGGAUUUGGUGGCCCAGGUGCUGGAUUUGGCCCAGGGGGAGGUCAUGGAGGAGCUGGAUAUGGCCCAGGGGGAGGAGCUGGAUUUGGUCCAGGAGGUGGUCCUGGAGGAGGAGGAGCUGGAUUUGGCCCAGGGGGAGCUGGAGGUGGAUUUGGUCCUGGUGGAGCUGCAGGUGGAGCUGGUUUUGGCCCUGGUGGGGCUGGAUUUGGCCCAGGUGGGGGUGGAUUUGGCCCAGGUGGAGCUUCGGGGGGACCUGGAUUUGGACCAGGUGGAGCUUCAGGGGCUGGUUUUGGUCCUGGUGGUGGUUCAGGUGGGGUCUUUGGGUCUGGUGGUCAAGGAACUGGCUUUGGUGCAGGUGGGGCUGCUGGGCGGGGGUCUGUCCCAGGUGGAAGAGGAGGAGGAGGAGGAGGAGGGGCGGGAGGCUUCACAGACUCCUUCGGUAGCAGCUACGGUUCGUAUGGCGGUGGUCAGUAUGAUUUGGGUGGUGUGCCAACGUUCCCAAUAGGCCAGCAAGAUCCUUACACAAAUAAUGAAAACAUCAUCUCCACUGAAGGCUGCUUCUCUUGCAAGUUCAACGGCCAGGGUAGUUCAGGUAGACGUCGUCGUUCCACCCCAGGACAUCCUGUAGCAUUAGUUCCUGCCCCAGUCAAUUCUACCGAUAGUGAGGUGGUCUUAAUUCAUGCAUAUAACGAUACUCACAGAGUAGUUCGACGGAGUUUGGAAAUGGAAUUCAGGAGAGAAGACAGCAUAUCUAAAAAGGUAGCAAAGAAUCCAAUCAUCCUAAGAGUUACAUUAGAACAGACAAAACACAGAAUAAGGAUUUUGAAACUGAAACCAGCCAUAACUUAUCUUCAGGACAAUGUUGAAUAUAAAAUUCUACGCGGUAAUGAAAACAAGGUCUUUGAGAUGCGUACACAUAGAGGCACAACCACUCUUCACUUCCGGAAACGUCUGCACAGGCCUGCGACAUUUGAUGUGGAGAUUAUAGGGAGACCCCUGGAUUACUCACAUUUCAACGAUCAAGCCCAAAGUGAUCUCGAUGUUAACUUAAGAAUCAUUGUUACACACUGAAAAUGUUGAUUGUAGACACAAUAUAUUUAUAAUUAAUUUUCAUGAGAAUUUUUUUUUUUUUGGAAAUACAUUUCUUCAAAGAUGUACUUAUGAAAGAUUCAAGGAGUAUCUCAGUACAAUAACAUCAUACAUGACAGUUCAACUUUUUUGCAUUUUACAAUCUCACUUUAAAUUUAAAUUGCUCAUUGCAUGCUCACUGAGAUACAGGGAUUGUAAUUACUUUUGUCUUUGUUACAGUAAAGAUUUUGCCGCCAUAAUUUCAGAGUGGUGAUAGCAUACUUCUUUCUCUACCAUUUCUAAGGCUACGAGUGAAUCAGUUUUAACUGUACUUAGUAGAUGUUAGCGCUUUUUUCACACUAAUUUGUUGACAUUUGUAGAAUACUUGCAAUGAAGAAAUUACUUCAUCUUGUUGAGUAUGGAAAAUGGAUUUAUUUCAGAACAGCUGUGGUUUAAAAAAAAUGAAUGAUUAACUUACAUGCUGUACUCAUACUGCAGAACCUUUGUUAAUGUGUCGUCUGUUGAUUUCUGUUUCAAAGUGGGAGUCGUGCAUUUGGUAACAAUGUGGGAGUCUGAAAGAAGAUACCACGCAAUGGUCAUACAUUGUAUUUCUUCUUUCCAGCAACCUGUUGUUUAUUUGGUAUGAUGAUUGUCAAUUAUAAUUACUGAACUUUCUAACGGCUUAUUUCUCUCAGUAUGUUUGUGGUGUCCAGUACCGUAGUAGAAUAAUUGUAUAAUUGUUUAUUUAUAGUUAACUUCUUUAUUCAGUUGAAGAUCAGUUGUUAUGACGUUUCCAAGUUUAUUUAGUUGUGUAAUGACAGAAUGGGUUUACCUUACAAUUAAGUAUCUCAUAGACAGGCCCAUAUUUUGUAUUUUUUUAUUGAUGAAUUCCUUUCCAAGAACCAGUAACAUUCUCUACAAAAUAAUUGAAACAACAUUCCUUACACAAGCAAAAAUCCUAAGUCUCUACAGCGAAAGCACUUUAUUGAAAAUCAUCGCCACUCACAAAAACAAGUAAAGAAAUACUGUAAUUUAUUUAUUUGUUAUGUAAUAUUGUUUAUUGUAGUGUAUCAUCCGAGCACUGAUUAUAAUGAAUGUUCCAUCAACGGCCACUAUAUUUUAUUUUCAGUGUAAACACGACUGAAAUAGGACCUGUUAUGUAUAUGAUCUUCAUCUGUGUAAAAAUUAUGAUUUAUUUCUAGUCCUGGGACAUGGUAUCUCCUGCUUAGCAAAAGGAUAAACUAGUGAUAUUUAUUGUAAUUUAAGUUUGUAAUGUUUUACAAUGUUUUAGCUCGUACACCACUUAUACCAGUUAAUGUGUGGUCAUGGCAUUCAUGUUGCAAAUGCUACAUUGAAGUGAUGUUAAUCAGUCAUUAUUGCAUUUAAACAUUUUGAAAAUUGUUUGGAUAAUAGUGGAUAUUAUACUUAAUAUAUUCUGUAAUUCUCAAAAAAAAUUUGUCGUCAGAUCACAGUACAAAAUUAUGAAAUAUUAAUACUAUUAUGCAUUCCCUUUGUUUUGUAAUUGCUGAAAAAUUCAUGAUUUUGCAGUGAGAGUAAGGAUUAAGUUCUGUCACUGUUUGUAUGUUAAAUCCAUAUCUUUAACUGAGACUUUUACUUGUUACAUUAUAACUUACCAUGAAAAUGCAUUUUCAUUGGCCAGCAGUGAAACGUGAACCACACCAAGACAGUUCAUUGUUUUUGCUGACCAGUGAGGCACCUGAUAAGUACAGUGUAAGGGAAAAAAGAAGCAUGUAGCUUUUAUAAAUAUACAGUAAUGUGAACUGAUUGUUUAUACUGAUUUUCUUUUAUUGUCAUUUUGACAAGUUGUAUACUUUCUAAGGUGACCAAAUUAUUGUGUGGGAAAGAGGAAACAAUAAAUUAAUGUAUCAUUGUCAGCUUGAACCUCUUGGACUAUUAUGUAAGACUGGAAAGAAAAUAUUUAUGAAAUUAUGUCACUAAUUGGCAUGCCAUGAUGAAGAUAAGUUGGAAAGGCAUUAUUACGACAGACCUUGCCAAAUAAUUCUAGGCGAACGGAGAUGCUGUGUCCAAUUUGGUCGUAGUUUGGUUUUAUGUUUAUUAUCACUGCCAUAGGAUAUCAAUACUAUAAUUGUCAUUAUCCAAAACCUUUUUUCCACUCAGCCUUCCUCUAUGAGACAGCAGUGCUGCAUAGCUAUGGAGUUUUUGUUGGAAUGAACCUACCUAUAGGAAUCCAUUUAUGCAAGGCUUCUCGUGACGAUGGUGUACUACUCAUUCUUUACAGAAGACACAAAUGCACUGGAUGCAUUAUCCUUUUCUUACUAGAAUAGAACGGUAGAAGGGUUUUAUAUGGUGACAGUAGCACUAAUUUGUAAUAACAAUAGUCUGUAAAGAUAGUCCAACAUUGGUUUAUAGAUUUACGUAAGAUUUAUUAGUCACAGCAACUUACUGACUGCUUUCUAUAGGUGCAGAGAUUCGUGUCCUUUUGCUUUUCAGUUUCUCCAUUUCACUGUGAUUCCUGAAGAAAAGUUAUUGUAGUCGAGAGAUUGACUGCAGUAAGUGGAGUUUUUCUCAUAUACCUUGAUUUGAGUUUUAUGGAAUGUGAGUGUUUUUUAAUUUUUUUUUUUAAGGGAAAUUUUUCAGCACUUCUUCAGAAACCCAUCUGCUUCCUUUCAUUCUGUUGUACCUUUUUUUGUUCUUUUUUUAGUGUCUGAAUGUAUCGUUUGCCGAUCUCGUAAUGUUUGUCCGAGUAGCUGCCAUCCACAUAUUUUUGCAUUAAUUUUUAUAGCUUGUAUAAACGUUUUCAUAAUAAAUAUCACCAAAACUUA